GUUUCAUUUACAGGCGCAGCGUCGCUGGUUUUAACUCAUGAACAGGUACAGUAAAGUACUCUUUUAAAACUCAGGUACUUUUUUACCUGAGCAUUGUCUGCUAAUGAAGUUCAAUUCAAUUCAAUUCCAGCUGACUCAGCUCUUGGGCAGUUGAACAGGUCUGAGUGCAGCAGUGGAAGCAGAUGAAGGAGUGCCAAUCCCUAUUUAAAGUAGAAACCAGAGCAGCUGUAUUACAUUAGGACAGUCUCCUGUCAUUGUUCUGUAAGUCUCACUGCGGUCGCAGACAAACACAUUUCAUAAAAUGGACAUACAAGUACCUCAAAAUUUGACUUCCACACAGUAUUUGAGUAAAUGUACUUAGAUUUUUAUUUUUACUCCAAAUGUAUAUCAGUCCCAAAUAUCUGUUAUUAGUUUCCUUGAUAAUUAAGUAUAUCAAUCCGUGGUAGUGAACUAUUUACGGUACAUUAUCAUGAUGAUGCAUUUGUGAAGGUGUUCAGGCUGCCAUGGAUCAGAAUAACGACGGAGAGGAGGGAGGCCUCCCCACUAAAUCCACUCUGAGUGGGGAACAAGGCUGCCAGGCUAAGGCUUUGAGCCAAGAGCAGCAUCAGAGACCAGAAUCUCCAGAACCCCGUGCUGUGUCAAUGAAGAGCCACCACUCUAUGGGAGUCCCCAUUUCAUUCACUAAACAGCAGACUGCUGAAGCACAGAUGCAGCAAAGAUCAGACUCCCCUGUACCAAGCUGUGUGUCCUUGAAGAGCAACUGGUCUAUGGAGACUCCUUUAAAUUUCAAAGAGGACCGCCAUUGUGUUGAUACAAAAAUCCACCAGCACACAUCAGAGGUCCCCUGCGGUCAGUCUGGCCAGCAACACCAAACAGAUCUGGACUACAUAUUUAUGCUGCUUGAAGAAAACAUAGUCACUUUUGUGAAGAACGAGUUGAAGAGGUGUCAGAGGAUUCUCAGUACAGACCACCCAGAAUGCUCAGAGAAGUGGAGAGAGGAUGAGGCUGCUGUGGACAGUGAGGAGAAAGAGCAGAUGAAGAGCAGCAGGGAGGCCUUUGUGAAGAUCACACAACACUUUCUCAGGAGAAUGAAGAAGGAGGAGCUGGCUGACUGUCUGCAGUGGAGAACUAGUGCUGCUAUGUGCCAGUAUAAACUCAAAUCUAAUUUUAAGAAGAAGUUCCAGUGCUUGUUUGAGGGGAUUUCUAGAACAGGAACCCCAACACCUCUGAAUCAGAUCUACACAGAGCUCUACAUCAAGAUCUGGGAUCUGACGCUACAUACAUCACAGGAGACUCGAGGCGCACGGGUAAAGGGGCUGUCUGCUGGACUUGGACUGGAGGAUCCACACUGGAGGCUGGACACUGUCAGGUUGGACCAUAUUGGAGUCCAGUGGUUGAAACCAGGGCUGAGGAAGUAUGCCUGUGAACUCACAUUGGACCCAGACACAGCACACAGGAACCUGGUCCUGUUAGAGAAAGACAUGGUGACAGUUGAGGAGGAGCAGCAGCAAUAUCCUGAUCAUUCAGAGAGGUUCCAGUCCUGGUACCAGUUGCUGUGUAGAAAUGCUCUUAAUGCUCGGUGUUACUGGGAGGUCAGCUGGAAAGGGCUGGUGUCUGUAGGAGUGGCUUACAAAAGAAUCAAAAGGAGUGGAUUCAGUGAUGACAGCUGUAUCGGAGGGAACGACAGCUCCUGGAGUCUGGACUGCUCUGAUGGUGGUUACUCUGUCUGGCACAAUAACAGAGUCAAAAUCAUACGCAAACCUGCCCCCUCCACUGUCUGGAACACAGUGGCAGUAUAUGUGGACUGGCCAGCUGGUACUGUGUCCUUCUAUAAAGUCUCCCAUGACACACUGAGCCACAUCCACACCUUCCACUGCACCUUUACUCAACCCCUCUACCCGGCCUUUAGGAUUCGGUCUGAGUUUACGUAUGGGGUUGUCAGCUGGUUGUCUCUGUGACAGAUGGAUGAAGACGACUAGACACACACUCACACUGGUAACUGACAGCUGCUGACAAUCUAACUCAGUGUGUACAGAACCACACGUCAUCACACCCACACAUGCACAUAAGUAAAGUACAGAACACAACUAUAUCUUAAAAACUAAUUUGACUAUUUUCACUAAAGAGAAAUGUAUGUAUGUGAAGAGAACAUACAUUUUUACAUACCCACACCAGUAGUAGUUGUGGCUGGAGGACAACAGUUGCUUUCAUUUUAAACUGAGCUAUAAUAGAAUGUAAAUAUGUUAUUUAAUGGACAUAUGUCUCAGUUUUAUUUUAUGUUAAGGAAUGGUCAUCUAUGAGGAAUGAUAUACUCCACUGCUCCAAAAAUCAUCACAUAUAGUACAAGCUCAACAUUGAAACAUGUCACCCAGUGCAACAGUGUGGCUGAUAAACAGUUUUUGUAAUCGUUUUAGAAGAACAGUGGCACAGAGGGAGAGGAUGCAUCACAUUGUUUUUAGAUGCAUUCAUUGUUGAUUUGACACACGUGAGAUUUGUUGUUCAAUAGGAAAAAUACACAAUAUUGCAAGAAUACUGCCAGAAGUUUGUAUUGUUAUAAUGUGUAAGUAAAUCUAAUUAAUUCCAAUUCCACUAGUGUGUAUACAGUUAUAUAUGUGUUGCAUGCAGUAAUAAAUGUCUCUCAUUCAUUUGCAACCUCUUGAAUUAUGCUCGCUGAUUUUCCCAUCAUUUAAGCACAAUGAAGCUCUGUGCAGAGAACUGAACACAAUAAAGCAGCCAGUGAAGCGCUGCUUUAUCACGACCGGCAGAGGGCGCUGAGCUGCAACUGAAAGAGUCAACUUUAGAAAUACAGAAGAAUCACUGAGCAUUGACGAGAGUUAGUCGGAUCAAU